UAUAAUCACACCGCACUCGAUCCACUAUUGUUGUGAGGCAGUGUGUUUGUGCAAUACAUUCGGCAUUUCUUUUAUUAGAUCCCGCACGGAAAGUUUAAAAAUUCUCCGUUUUCCGCCCAUUUCAAACAGUUUACGCGAUACGCUGCGGGUUCGAACAGGUUACAUUCGGUAGGGUCACUCGGAACGGUUCUGGCCAAUCAUUCUCUUCGUGCGUGUCGGUGCGUUGUUGCGUGCGUUGUCAUAUCAGUACUGGCUGUGCCUGCAACAAACAAACAUCGAACCCGGGUUUUGCCUUUUAUCACCCUAAUUUUCUAGUGAAAGUUGACUGUGAUACCAUUCCGGCGAUUGUGUCACGAAAGCGCAUCAUAUUUCAUCGAGUGCAUAUAAAUUUAUUCUCCAUCGCGAAGGGAAAAUUCAGUGGUUGGAAAGCUGCGUGCGUGUGUGCUUCCCCCCAUCGCCACGAUCUCCUUGGGCACAAUACGCGGACCCUAUCAACAACGCCACAAUGCGCAUCACCGUGAUGGACGCCAGCUCCUCGGACAUGUCCACGUUCGAGGUAGCCGACGAUAUGGAGCUGGAGAAUCUGAUUGCUCUGUGCCGGAUGGAGUUCAACAUACCGGCCCACCUGGAGCUGGUACUGUCGGCCAAACAGCAAAAGCUGCUGGACCAGAAACAAACGCUUACGCAUUACGACGUCAAGGAUGGUGAUAUGCUGCUGCUCCACAAGACACCCGUCGCACAAACAGCCGGGGCUGCGACCGGAUCGUCAGCAGCCCGUGCCCGUCCAAUGAUGCCGCCACCAUCCAGCCGCGAGGAACCAGCGGCAUUGGCCAAUUUGGACUUUAGCUCGAUUCAAGUACCUACCUCGAUCCGUGCCGGUGCCGGUGGUAAUGGAGGAAACGGUUCCUCCAGCGGAUUAAACCGUCCCUCGCCGUCCGUUGGUCUCGAGGACGAUCCGGCAGUGGUGCGCGAAAUGUUCCUCUCGAAACCGGACCAGCUGGCACUGCUGAAGCAAAACAAUCCGCGCCUCGCGGAAGCCCUGCUGUCCGGCAACCUGGAAACGUUUGCCACCGUGCUAAGGAAACAAAUCGCCGAGCGAAUGGAGAAGCAGCAGCAACGUCUCCGAAUACUGCAGGCCAGUCCAUUCGAUGCGGAAGCACAGCGCCUGAUUGCGGAGGAAAUUAAGCAGAAAAACAUCGAGGCAAACAUGGAGGCGGCGAUGGAGUACAAUCCAGAAACGUUCGGCACGGUCGUGAUGCUGUACAUCAACUGCAAGGUGAACGGCCAUCCGGUGAAAGCGUUCAUCGAUUCCGGUGCACAGGCAACGAUCAUGAGUGCAGCGGCGGCAGAACGUUGCAACAUUAUGCGGCUGGUCGAUACGAGAUGGGCCGGCAUUGCGAAGGGUGUCGGUGUGCAGCGUAUCAUAGGACGCAUUCAUAUGGUGCAGAUACAGAUCGAGAAGGAUUUUCUUACGUCCAGCUUUUCGGUGCUAGAGGAGCAACCGAUGGAUAUGUUGCUGGGGCUGGACAUGCUGAAGCGCCAUCAGUGCAAUAUCGAUCUGAAGAAUAAUGUGCUGCGCAUCGGGACGACCGGAACAGAGACACCGUUCUUGGCGGAAGGCGAUCUACCCGAGUGUGCCCGGCUGACGGGCAGUCCGGAGGAGGAAAAACGUGCCCUGGCCGAAUCGGCAAAGCUAGCGGAAGAACUUGCCAUUAAGGAGGCGCUUAGCAAGAGUCAAAGCGAUCAAGCUUCGUCGAGUAGCGCCGGUAGCAGUGGCAGCAAUAUCACACCGACCACCGAAGCCGCUCCUGCCAGCAGCGGUGCAGCGGUGAAAACGCCUCCCUCGUCGGAACCGGAACCGAUGCAGCAAGACGAUGAACCACCGCUCACGCUUCUGCCGACCGAUCGCUUCACCGAAAUGGAUGUCGUCGAGCUGGAAUCGAUGGGUUUCAAGCGACAGAUGGUGAUCGACGAACUGCGGGCAGCGAACGGUGACAAAACGCAGGCCACGGCUGGUCUGUUUGCGAAACUAGGAUAAUAAACUGUGGCUGUGCAAUCCGGGCUACCUACGGCCUGGCAUCCCUACACUGCCCGGGGGGGGGGGCGGCCAGUACGCUUUUGGAGCACAUCCGCACAAUCACUCUCAGGCAAAAAAGGAUCGGAUUUUAACACAAACCAAGCCAGAUUGUUGUGCACCAUUUUACACAUACAACGACCACGACGACUGUUUUGUCGACGCUCAAACGGAGAGCGUUCAUCAUCGUUGACCUCCUGUUGAUUCUUGUAGAAAGGUUUGCACUCGGGCCGAGGUGUUUCGAUCAUUUUCAGCUUAUUAUCGACAUGUUUUUUUUUCAUGAACUUUACGAACCUCUGGAUUUUUUUUUCUCGACGUAGCAGGAUAAUCCGUUCUUACCCCAAGGAAGCCAGAUGCGUAUUCAGAUGUCCUUCAUGGUAGAAGGUUCCCUUUAGUCUUAAUCGCAUUUACUCUAUCGCGAUUGAUAAGCUGUGUUUGCACUAAUUAGCUUGUUUGUUUCAGACAUUUAGCAUUGCAUUUUUAAGUGAAAGAGGAAGAAACAGUCUGUUUCGAUCGGGUGCAAUGUAAUGGAGAAAAAGGACUGAAUUUGCCUGGAGGAUGAGGAUAGGCUGGGUGCAUACGGCGUGCACCACCAAUUCAUUAGUUUGUGUGUCUGUUUGCUCUGUCUUUCUACACCAUUUUUUUCAUGCUGCUUCUCCUCUAUCGUCAUUUUUUUUUUUUGGGUGGGCUUCAGGGUUUAACGAAUUUUCUACUAGCUGUAAGAUACAUAAGAAUAAAACAUAUUAGGACAUUACUGGUAA